GUUGAUGAGAAUAUUGCUGUCUGAUGGGCUUUUAUGUGGUCAUUUGAGUAUCAGGAGCUUUGCCUUUGAAACUUCCUCUUUAAUACUAUUUUAUGAUAUCAUCAACCUAAACUGUCUGCUGAAGCAUCUAUGAACUUUGCACUGAAGAGGACCUUUGAGUUAUUCAUUGAUGCAGGACCAAAAACAUAGAUGAGAACAGUCUGAUUUGUGUGACAAAGACCAUCCUUUAAUGAAGUGCAAAGAUUACUCUGGAUUUGAUGGACUGCUGUAUUGGCUGGUUGGUAUCAUAUUCAUAUGGCUGCAUAUUUGUAACCGUUUUAAUGUGUAAUGGUAAAAUGCACUGUUAACAUGGCAUGUCCACAAAAUCAAAAAGCUCUUACAACAUGGUAGGUAAAUACAUACUUCAAAGUCCUAAGUAAUUCACAAGCUUAGAACUACAACUCCCAGAAGCCUCUGCUGCUUCCCUGUCCCUAUCAUAACAUAUAUCGUCACAUGGACGCUGUUCCUAUAAAUAAACCCAGUGCACUCAUGUUGAUUUUGUUAUCUGUCACGCUAAUAUUUAUCAAUGGAAAAUCCUGCAAUAAUGGAAAUGACAGCUUCACGGCGUUCGAACUUUGGAGAUAUUGGUGAGUCUUCGAUUUGGGGAAACUGUGGUUAUCAUCUUUUCAAUCUGACCUACAUACAUUCCAAUUAUGGACGGUAAAGUGGUAAAUGUAAAUAUGUUUGCCUUUAUUCAUUGCCCAACAAUGUUCAUUGGAUGAACGCAUAAUUGCGCAACCAAUGCCUAAAUACGCAACAGGUCGCGUUUGAGCCAGAGCCUCUCCCCUUCCUACUAGGGUUUUGGGCAGACCGAACCGCGUUGCAUGAGGCCGCGUCCUUAGGCAGGGCCCUUCAAGUGAAACAGCUGGUUGAGGAUGGAGCAGCUGUAAACAUGGUGACAGUAGACAACAUCACUCCGCUUCAUGACGCUUACAUCCAGGGACAUCCAAACUGUGCCCGACUUCUACUAGAUGCAGGGGCUCAGGUGAGACAGCUAGGGCUAAAUAUAUAGAGCUGUAGAACGAUAAUGACACAUUUCAUAUUGGGUAGCAGGAGACACCAAUACACCUACAGCAUGUGUAGCAGUAGUGGUCCCCUCCAUCUAUCUCUCCAUUCCUUCCUCUAUACCCCCUCUCCCCCAGGUGGACGUGAGGACCAUCCAUGGCAGCACUCCUCUCUGUAACGCCUGUGCUGCGGGGAGCCUGGAGUGUGCAAAGAUGCUGCUGGAACAUGGAGCCAAAGUCAACCCCUCCCUCACAGCACUCACUGCCUCUCCCCUGCAGGAGGCCUGCAUAAAGGGUAAGACUGGGGCAUGAUGAGGGGUUAUAUGACUGGGGAAAUAGUGUUAAGACAGGGUCAGGUGGACUGGAGGAGGGAAAAAACAGGGCAAGAGAGGGAAGACUGGUGGAAUAGGUUUUUAGAAGGAGAGGUAAGAGGACUUGAGAGGACUGGAGGAAGAGCUAAGAUGAGGCGAUAAGGGGCGAGUGAGGUAGGAGUGCAAGAGAAGGGGUGGGUUGUGAGGAGGAUUCACAGUAUGUGUAUAGAUGUGUGUGAGUACUUCAUAUCUAAUGAAACCGUUUCGUAUCUGUCUAUAUGCUUUAGGUAAUGCAGAUAUAGCGAGGCUAAUGAUAGCGCAUGGAGCCUUGCUAGAGGCCUUUGACCUCCAGUUCGGUACCCCGCUACAUGCUGCCUGUGCCAAGGAGCAUGUGGACUGUGCCAGGGUGCUGCUCAAAGCAGGUGAGGAUGGGGACGAAGAGGGAAACAAAUCUCUCAGGCGACUGCUGUAUUCAUAUGACUAACUAUACAGUGUUUAUGAAUACGUUUUACAUACAAGUAUUUGUUAUACUGAGCGGACACUGGAAUUUCAUUCACAAAUCUGCCACUAAGCCACAUUUUCCAGAGAAAAUGUAAUAUCGACUGUAAACAGAAUGUGUUUUCUGUCCAGGUGCCAAGGUGAAUGCAGCUAAGUUCCAUGAGACGGCUCUCCACCAUGCUGCCAGAGUAGAGAUGGUGGACAUGAUUGAGUUACUGGUGGACUUUGGAGGCAAUGUGUAUGUCACAGACAACGACAACAAAAAGCCCAUAGACUACACCAAGCCUGGCUCUCCCUCUGAACAAUGCUUACAGUAUUAUCAAAGUAAGUCUUGAGGCAAUAGUAUUUUCCUUUUGGGAUUCCAUCCCUGUAUGUGACUUUCGUUAGAGUCAUUGUGCGUGUGAUUAUCUCCAGGUACUCCUCUGAGUCUGCAGCAACAUAGCAGAGUGGCUCUGAGGAUGUUGCUGGGUACCAGAGCUCUGGAGGUUGUAGGUCAACUGAACAAAUCUCAACGUACCAUCAGCUACAUUCUCUGCCUUAUUAUGAACUGAAUCAUGGAUGGAUUCCCAAAGGAAUAUCAGAAAAAGGACAAAGCGUGAAUACUAAGCUGGGACAUCUCAUCUUCUUCUGCAUAUGUUUUGCUUACUGUGGGACACACCUACAAUAUGAUGCGAUGUAUUACUGUGUUAUAAGCAGUAACAAUAAAUUGUACAAUACAUUUCAAGAAGGCCUGCUACAAUUAUGUUAUAAUAUGCUAUACAGAUGAACCCUUGUUUUAGUAUGGUUAGGGAAAAUAAAGCCAAACAACUUCAGUCCUCUACUUUUGCAGUAAUAUUAAUAUUUUGACAAAACAUUUGCACUACAACUCCCAGCAUGCCCUCAAACGCACGCAAAGUUCAUGUCAAAACCAGUCACGUGAUAUGUCAGUGCCGCAUGUAAACACAGUUCAAGUGUGUUUACUUCUCGUGGGACAUAAUUUACAGUUUUUCAACAUAAAACGUGAUUUGACCAAAUUAUGGAGGUUGAAACUGCCAGACCAUACUUCUUUGGAGACAUAGGUGCGUAUGAAAGCAUUUCGGCUCCUUGAAAUUGUACGCUAGCUAGCAUUCAUUUGGUUACUGCAUGCCAUAGCUAGGUAAUUAACGUUAGCUAGCAAGCAUGUGUUCAUUAUAUAACAGCAACGUAAACCAGCUACAUAUGUGCCAUGUUGUGUUUUAGUCUAUAUAGAUUGUCAUGUAAAGGUUUACGAUGGCAAAAUGUGAUGUCAAUGCCAGAGACUAUCUAGCAUGCACUCACCUAGCGCCGGCUGAUUAUGUUGCAAUAGGUAUUAUCUUGCUAUUUGCUCUCUGGCUGUUGACUGUGUGUCUUGCCCCAGGCUGCUGGUCGGAGAGGACCGACAUGUUGCCCAGCUGCAGCAGCUCAUCCAGAGCGGAGCCUCUGUCAACAUAGUGGCUGUGGACUCCAUCACCCCCCUCCAUGAGGCAUGUGAAAUGGGGCAGACCCAGUGUGUCAGGCUGCUACUGGAUGCUGGAGCACAGGUGAGACUGUCACUAAGUUGAGGGAGAGAGAGAUAAGAGAAAUAUCGGCAAUACAUGAGGCAGGAUAGCCAUAUGACUAAGAAGAAUACAGGAUUGUCAACCCACACUCUAGUCAUAUCGCAGGAGAAAGGUGUGACCCAGACUCAACACAGGUUAAAGAUAGAGACAAGAGAAAGUAAUUUGUUCUUUACAGGUAGUUAGGAUAUGUAUAAUGGCUGUGUUGUUCUGUAGGUGGAUGCCCGUAACACGGACGGUAGCACCCCUCUGUGUGAGGCCUGCUCGGUCGGGAGCUUUGACUGUGUGAGGAUGCUGCUGGAGCAUGGGGCCAAGGUGAACCCCACCCUCUCUUCCCGGACCACCUCACCCCUACACGAAGCCUGCAUGGGGGGUAAGUGUGUGACAGGUGUAGAAUGAGUGUGCAUCAAGAUUGUUUGAGAACGGGUGACAGUCUGUUCUUGUGUCUCAGGUAAUGCUGACGUUGUGAAGAUCAUGAUCGCUAAAGGUGCCAGUCUGGAGGCAUAUGACCUGUACUAUGGGACCCCACUACAUGUGGCAUGUGCCAACGAACACACAGACUGUGUCAAGGCGCUACUCAACGCAGGUCAGCACUAGAGAAUAGUCUAGAGAAUAGCAUUAUCUAACAACAAAUUAUCUGAUUGUGAAGAAGAAGAUCACAAUGACGAUAAACCUGAAUAGAGAAUAAAUCCCUGGGUUUGAGGUCCCAACUCUGGAGUGCACCUUUAGUAAUAACCUCUUUUGUGUGUCAUUUGCUUCCUCAGGUGCCAAAGUGAAUUAUGCUCGGCUGCACAAGACGGCCCUGCACCAUGCUGCUAAAGUGAAGAGUGUAGACAUGAUCGACCUGCUGGUGGAGUUUGGGGCGAACAUCUACGCCAAAGACAAAAACGAUAAGAAGCCCAUUGACUACAUCGAACCCGGCUCUCCCGCUGCACUCUGCUUAGAGUUUUAUGAAAGUAAGUCACAGUGUGAGAGAGGUUUUUAUACUAUAGUUACCAGUUAUAAGCAAUAGACACGUACUGCACCCAUAUGUUUUUGUGGAUUUCUAAGCAAUGUCACAGUGUCACCAGAAGGUGGUGCCCAUUGCUCAUUUUUUAGGAUAAAAAAGUAACAGAUAGUGGAAAAGUAAAUAAUGAAAAUAAAAUAAAAACAUGAUGUUGAUCAUGUUGAACCCAUCAAAAACAGCUGUUUGAACACUUCUUAAUUGGUACACAAUACUUGGGUGAAGGUAGAUUCAAUUACUUCCUGGUAUGGGACCUCCUAUGUGUGUAUGCACGUGCACAUUUUCUUUUUAAUUAUAGAUUGACAUAUACAGUAUAAUCCCUAUUAAUUUAAUAGGAUCUCUGUGGUUCUAGUAGUAAAGAGUUGUCAUUUAACUUAACUAAAAUGUAUUACCUUUUAAUGUGGCAUAAACACAACCAGUCAUGAUGUUUUCAUCUGAUGUCAAACCAUAAAAGGCUCAUGUAGGCUACACUCACGCACGUUUGUCCGCUCACAAAUUAAUUCCAGCACCCAAACAGUGAUCUGUGCACCCCCCAUUUUAUGAAUGGAAAGAAACAUCUGUUAAAACACCAAAAAGUGUAAUGACAUUCUACGAUUGUCAUUGUGCCUACACUUGUAGCCUGAAUUGAUGCGUCUACUUGUAGCCUGAAUUGAGGUCCGCGCGCAAGUCUUGGCCAGUCAUCUCUACCUUGGAAAAAAUGUCAGUGAUCUCGUCGAACCACACCGCAUUUUGGAGCCACCCAUUUUCAAGUCCAUUCGCUAAUUUUUCAUGCGGCUGAUGUGGUCAUGAUAAAAAUGUUGUAAAAGCCUACAGUUUUCGUGUCAUUUUGUUUUAAUUAUUGUGAUAGGCUCAUGUUUUACCGGUACGGCGUAUCCCCACUAUUUCUUUAUUUGGGACUCAAUACCGUACCGUACCAGCUUACUUUAACCCCUGACGAUACUCAGUCUUACGUCAGAAAGAUAUUUCUCCAGUAUUUUUAACAUAGGCUAAGUCCAUCUGUCCUGUCCCUCAAGUUAAUGUCUCUCCUACUCAUGUUCCCUGGGGCUCAUCAAUUAUUACUGGUCUAUAACAUUCAGCUAAGCUACGGGUCGGUAACUGACGAUGAGACCCAAACCCAGACAGAUUCCUCUGCCACAGAGCCACUCGUGGAAUGUGCGACCAGGUCUGUGUGAGAAGCCACACAGCAACAGUAUCCUAGGCAUCAGACACAGACACCUCUUGGGAGGAAAAAAUAAAAUGUUAUUUUAUUAAGUGCAAGGACAUUGUGACAUACAGCUUUAAACAUUUGCUCAACACAUGUUUUGUUGAGUUAUGCAAGCAAACUACAACAUAAAAUCACUGCUCAGAAGCUCCAGUCUUUAAAGAUACUAAAGAGGACACAUAUCUCUGACUGUGUAUUGACACUUUAAUACUCUAUUUCUGUGUUCUAUAUGUUGUGGAUAGAGCCUACAUCUCCCAUAAACCCUUGUGAUUGUCUGCCUGUAGGUACUCCAUUGAGUCUGCAGCAGCUGAGCAGAGUGGCCCUGAGGACGAUGUUGGGUAUCAGAGCUCUGGAGGUCGUAGUUCAACUGGACAUACCAAAGCAAAUCAUUAGCUUCCUCUGUUACCACUGACCCUGACACCAUUAUCUUACUAAGGAGAAGGAAGGAAGCUCAGAGACUGAAACCUUUCAAUCAAACAUCACAAUUAUCAAAAUGCUACAGUCUGAACCUUAGAUACCACUAGAUUAGAUGCAUAAAAAUAAUAUGCAUACAGCAAAGCACAGGUUUCCAAAUGUACAAACCAACAGUAUUUUUAAGCAGAGCUCUUUUCUCUUUGAUGUCUUCAGAAUGUGUGCCAUAUCAACACAUUCGAUACAUAUUUAAAUAACAGAAGCAUAGGAGGUUUUAAUGGGGACUUUUCAGAUACAUUUUAUUCUUAGAACUUCCAUAUCCUGUACACCUACAUAAAAGACAAAUGGAGACCCUCAGGGAAAACGAGGAAGAGGGGGAGAGGAGAAAAGAAAUGGAGGAGAGGAAGUGAUUUUGGCAGCUUAUCCUGUCCACUCUGCAACACCAGCUGUGGACACUACACCAGCAUCUUAGUCGCCAUGACAAUGCGGCAGCAACACAACCAUUAGCAACACAUCCCAGAUCUCCGAUACAUCCUCAGGAAUGAGAAACGGUGUUGCAGCAGGAGGAUGAGCAGCGUUCCUGUUGACACUCUCCAGAUGACACUGUGUAUCCCAGAUUCCUCCCUGACAUCGGAACAGAAACCACACCUGACAACUGGAUGUGUUUGAGUCGGACGUUGUGGAAUCCAGGCAACAGAGAAGCACCAUGGAAAACUAUCCUGCUUUUUUACUGUUAGCGUCUCUGAUCUGUUGCAUCCGCUAUAGCUGAGACGUCCCAGACCUGAAUACAUUGUCUGUUUUUGGGGUGUGGGAUGAGGGUGAUGUAUGGAUUCCUCAGAGUUACACGAUGUCUCUUAGGUCACUGUAUUGGUACUGUUGUUGUUUGACAUAAUCCAUCUUAAUAAUGGGAACAGAGGAAUAUGUCUGUUAUUAUCAACAUGAAGUCUAUGUAAGGCAAUGUGCAUUAAAUCACAAAGUGUGUUUAUAAAAGAUUAUGACCUAUUUAAUCUCACCCCACUGGGCACACUACCUAAUUUCAGUGUGGAUAAUUGGGUAAUAUUUGGUUGAGAUUACAACCUAUAUUAACCCACUCAAAAAGACAGCCAAAAGUUAGUUGAAUUUCUAAUGUUUUAUCACUGCUUUCAACCAUCUAAAUUCCAAUGGAAAAACAAUGUUAAUUUUUGGUUUAGUUGUCACCCAAAUGUUUAUCACUGCGCUUUCAACCAUUUAAAAGCACAGCAAAGCUCAAAUGAGAAUACAAUGUCAGAUAUUGAUAUAUCACUGUGCUUAAUCUAAUAGCAGAACCAAAUGACCUGGAUUGCAGUUGAGAUUACA